CCUUUGUUUAAAUAUAAAGCCCCUUUUCUGUAAUACAUUUUAUACACAAUAUAGGAUUAGAAUUACCCAGUCUGUGCCAAAUACUCUAUGUAAGCAGUUCAACAAGGACUUCCUGUUGUCUACUAGCUCCACUGAAUGAUAUUACUUAAUCUAAAAUAUGGGCGGCUAACAGGCAGAACCAGAUUAUCCAGGGGUGAAGUAAGCAAUUUGUUCUUUUCAUUUGAUAUUAACAGCAAAAGGACAACUUUAUCUCUAACUUAUUUGAUUUCAUUAUUUGGCUUUCAAUUAAGUUAACUAUAUGAAAACCAUACAGAAAUUAGCCCGUGAACUAUCAGCCAGACACUUUUGAUCAAAGCAUUUCAGAUGAUACUCAAGUUUUUCUCUCAAAGGCAAGACUCCAACGUCGCAGGUUGAAAAGCAACAAAAGGAACAGGAUAAAGGAGGAAAGGGAAGAUGAAAGACCGACUUCAAGAGUUAAAGCAACGAACAAAGGAAAUCGAACUCUACAGAGAUACGCAUGUGUUGACUACAGAAGCAGACGAACAGGGAGUGUUUCUGCAGCAGGCUGUUCUUUAUGAAAGAGAGCCGAUAGCUGAGAGACACCUACAUGAGAUACAAAAACUACAGGAGAGCAUUUACAAUUUGACAGAUGAUGUUAAAAAAUUUGGGCAGCAACAGAAAAGUCUGAUGGCUUCAAUGAGAAGAUUUAGUCUACUCAAGAGAGAGUCUAGCAUUACAAAGGAGAUAAAAAUCCAAGCAGAAAAUAUUAAUAGAGGGUUGGAUGGUUUAGUAAAAGAAGUUAAAAAGUCAGAGGCUGAUAAUGGUCCAUCAUCGGUGGUCACAAGGAUACUUAAAUCUCAGCAUGCUGCCAUGUUCCGCCAUUUUCGGCAAACCAUGUUUAUCUACAAUGACACAAUAGCAGCGAAGCAAGAGAAGUGCAAGACAUUUAUUUUCCAUCAGCUAGAAGUUGCUGGAAAAGAAGUGCCUGAAGAAGAAGUAAAUGAUAUGCUUCAUCAAGGAAAAUGGGAAGUUUUUAAUGAAAACUUACUCACAGAAAUUAACAUCACUAAAGCACAGCUCUCAGAAAUAGAGCAGAGACAUAAGGAACUUGUUAAUUUGGAGAAUCAAAUACAAGAUUUAAGGGACCUUUUCAUUCAUAUAUCUCUGUUAGUAGAGGAACAAGGAGAAAGUGUCAACAGUAUUGAAAUGAUAGUGAACAGUACAAAAGAUUAUGUCAACACUACUAGAGAGAAAUUCGGACUCGCUGUGAAGUAUACAAAAAGAAAUCCUUGCACACUAUUGUGUUGUUGGUGGUGUCCGUUCUGUGGCUCAGAAUAAUGAAGCUAUUUUAGAAAAUUUUCCAGCUUUAAAAUUAAGGAUGUCUCAUAUUUCAGUCACUUGUAUUGUUUUUCAUUUCACAGAUCCAGUGACCUCACUUUUAGCACUACUGAGUCAUAACUUUCCCCUUAAGUCCUUAUCCACUAGAAUUACAGAAACUUCUGAUGCCAGUGACAUAAAACAAGGUCUUUGUUUAUUAAACUAAAAGCAGUAUAGUGAGCUUUAAACUCACAGGUGAACUACUGAACAUGGGAUGAAUGUAACUUCCAAUGUCUUAACAAGAUGAAUGUCAGUAAGUGACAAUCAUUUUGGCUCAUUUGGGAGCAUUUUGAUAGUUAAGUAUUACAUUAAAAUGAGACCUCAAAGGGUGCUAUGUAAGAACAAAAUUAAACUAGAAACUGUAUCAAGUCUGUUAUAUUCAGGUAAGUCAGUAACUCUGUGAUCAACAAAUCCUGGGAAACCCCAGCUAGGCACUUGAAGAAGAAUCUAAUUGGUAACUGAAAGUUGAAUCUAGCUUAAGGCCUAAAAGUUAAAGCACUGUUUUCCUGAACUUGGAUCCAUUCAAGACACUGUAUUACAUAUCAAGAGGGUUGACAAAUAAACCAAAAAAUAAAGGUAACUGUAUUCUCAAAUCACUUUAUUGUGAACCCAGGCACUCAACUAUGGCCUAGAGAUACAGUUUCAACUCAUGCAGAGAUAGAGUUAUGGAACUCACAUUCUAGUGAAGAAAGCAGGUAACAAACAAAUACAUAUAUUUUAUAAUGUUAAAUAAUUAAAAAUAAGGGUGAGGGAAGAGAGACUCUCAGGGUGACUUCUUUUGGUUAGGUUGUCAAUGAAGGCCUCUCUAAAAGUAGUAUUAAGUAAAGACUUUUAAUGAUGAGGAUAAGGGAGGGUGUACUGUAGGCAGAGGAAACAGAAAGUAUAAAGAUGCUAAAGGGAGUGUAACUUAAUCCAUUCAAAGCAAAAUGAGCAAUGUAGCUGUAUCAGAGUGAGAAAAGAUCAGUGCGGCAGAGAUGAGGUUAAGCAAGGUUAGAAGGGAUAGAUUUAAGGCUCUGUAAGCCACUAAGUCUCAAGUUCACAGGAAGUAUAAUCAAUACAAAGGCCUCAGACUGUUUUUGUCCUGGGAAUAAUGUGAUUUGAUCUAUAUUUGAGGAAAAUCAUCUGUGUGAUUGGAGAGUGAGUACUGUAUGGAGAAUGGGUUAGAAUGAAUAUGGGGCAGGUGAGUAGAGGACAAGUAUAUAGGUACAGAAAACAACCAGAAGGCUAAUGCAGUAGCCACAGUAGGAGAUGAAAGGCUUGACUAGGAUGGGAGUGGUAGGAGCGGUAGUACUAAUACCCAGGAUGAAUAAAGUAUGUGCUAUAUCCCAGCACUGUUCUAAUAAUUUUACCAUUUUACCAACAGAACAUUGAGAUACAUCAAGAUUAAGUAACCUGCCCCAUGUCACAGAAACUGUACAGAGAAUCAGGAUUUGAACCUGGCUGUCUGAUUGCAGAACCAGCUUUAACUACUACAUACCACAUAGAUAGAAAAAAAUUAUACUAACCUGUGAUAGAUUUAAGAUGGAGAAUCUACAGGACACUGAAUGAUGAUGACGAUACCAUUUACUGAGAUGGGAAAAGACAGAGAUGAAGGUUUCAGAAAUGGGGGCGAGAAGGAAAUCAAGAAUUCUAUUUUGACCAAGGGAAGCUGAGAUAACUAUAAGAUGACAUAAGAUGAUUUAAAGAUGUUAAAAGAGAAGCUGAGAUGACUAUAAAAUGUCCAAGUGGAGGUUCCUAAGUUAUUAACAAUAUCAGUAGGCACUCUUGAGAGAUGUCAGGGCUAGAAGUAUAUAUUUGGGUCAUCUGAGUAAAUAAACGAUAUUUAAAGUCAGAUGACUUUUGGAUAAGUCACCUGAAAAGUAUGUAGAUGCAAAAAACUGGAAGGAAGCACAGGAAAAGCCGGGAUAUUCCAAAAUUUAGAGUUAAAGCAGAUGAGUAAUAAUAAAAGAGACUGAGAAGAAAACAUUAAUGAAAUAGGAGUAAAACCAAGGAAGUGUGCUGUAAUGUACAAGAGUGUUUAAAGAACAAAGUUGAGGAAAUAGUCAAUUUUAGGUAAAAUAGGAAUGGCAAAGUGACAAUGGAUUUGGUAACAUGGAGAUAAUUUGUUGACUCCAAGAGUGAUUUCAUGGCAUUGUAGGAAUGCAAGGACAAGUGGAAUAUGUUGAGGAAAGAAGGUGGUAUGAAGUACAACAACCACACAGACUAUUCUUUCCCGAAGUUUCAAUAGAGGACUAUAAGAAGGUAUCAACAGCCUGAGAGGGAUAUGGAGUCAAAGGACACCAUACUUGAAGAAAUUAGAGUACAUUGUGCUGACAAGAAUGAUCCAGAGAAACACUUGAUAUAAGAAAGGGAAGGGUAACAUGAAAAAGCUGAAAGGCGUGGCAUAUGCAGGACAAAUGGAGAAGCUGGCCCUGGACAGAAGCAGGAACACUGCUCCUUUAUUACAGGAAGAAGGCAAGGUUUAGGGAUAAAAGCAGACAGUUGAGCAACUUUGACGGUGGGAAAAUGACAGAAUUCUUAUGUGACAGUUUCUAAUUCCUUAAAGAACUAUGAGGCAAAAUAUUAGUUGAAAUCACAGUGGGACUAAAGGAGAACAGAAAUAUAUAUA